AUGCCAACGAACGUCACAGACAACGACCCUGCGCAAAGCGGCGCAACAGCGACGGCUCCGGUCGAUGGCAGCGCAACAGAGCCACCCAAGAAAUUCCCCAAGGGUGUUGUGCUGGGCAAGGAUGGAAAGCCUUGUCGUUCUUGCACCUCCUUCGGUGCCUGGGCGUCCCAGGCCAAGGCUACCCUAAAGACGAGUCACGACAUGUCCUCAACUGCGCCUUCUACGAUUGCGUCGGCAGCUACAUCAUCAACCAGGAGAACAGACUGCCCAGCUGAUGUUGAAACUCUCGGGCGAAGCUCCUGGACUCUUCUCCACUCGAUCGCCGCGACCUACCCUCCCGCCCCGACUCCAACCGAACAAAAUGAUCUAAAGUCCUUCAUGAGCUUGUUCGCAAAGCUGUACCCUUGCUGGGUAUGCGCCGAAGAUUUCCAACAAUACAUAAAGAAAGAAGAACCGAAAACAGGCAGCAGGGACGAGUUUGGAAAUUGGCUGUGUGAGGCGCACAAUGAAGUCAACAGGAAGUUGGGCAAGCCCACGUUUGACUGCUCCAAGUGGCAGGAAAGGUGGAGGACUGGGUGGAAGGAUGGAAGCUGCGAUUGA